AUGUCCACCUACCAUGCCCGCGUUUACACACCUCCCUCCCCCAUCUCCCUCCCCUCCAGCAAACCUCCCCACCCACGCCGCAACAAGCGUUUUCCAAGCCGAGCUUACGCCGCCUUGCGCAGCACCGGCCAAGACUUGUCCUGUUGGCCUGCCGAAACAAGUUAG